AUGAAGUUGGCACGUCUAUCCAGCAUUUUGCUGUUGCCUUUGGCACUAUGUGCAGUUGUUCCUCAAACCAGUACAAUCAAAACACAAGAACAAUUAGAAUUGGAAAACCUGAUGGCAGUGAAAAGAGGUUUAGCCGCCUUCUUUCAAGAAGCUCAGCGAUUAUCGGAUAAGGCCGUACAAGAUGAGACAAACGCUCUACAAUUCAUCAAUGGUCCUACUACAUUGGCUGAACUUUUAGACAUGAUGUUCUCCUCCGAUGCCAUCAGUAGAGCUCAACUCAAUGCUGCCUCCCCUAAUAACCCCUUGGAAGAAUUAUUCAGACAAAUGGGUGGCGCAAUCAAUGGUUUUACCAGUGACGAAAAAAACAUGCAAGCCUUCCCUUUUGAUGUCUUUGGUGGUGCAUCCUCCUCCUCCUCCAAUAGCUCGUCAACUGGUGGUGUAGGUGAUUUCUUUAAAGGCAUUGGUGGCGGUAGCUCCACCGGUGGCUCUACCAGUGGUUCUGCUGGUGGUUCUGCUAGUGGUUCUGCUGGUGGCUCAUCCUCAGGCGGAUUAGGCGGUAUGUUUGAUGGCCUUAAAAGCGGUCUUACUGGUGGUAUUACUGGUGGCCUAACUGGCGGCUCAUCAUCUGCUGGUGGCUCUACUAACGGUACUAGUGGAUCUGCUGGUGGCUCUGCUGGUGGUUCAUCCUCAGGUGGAUUAGGCGGUAUGUUUGACGGUAUCAAAAACGGUCUUACUGGCGGCAUCACGGGUGGCUCAUCUGGUAGUUCAUCGGGUGGAUCUUCCUCUGGUGGUUCAUCAUCAUCGGGCGGCUCUAGUGGUGGGUUAGGUGAUAUCCUUGGUGGUAUCACUGGAGGUCUUACAGGUGGAUCAUCUGGUAAAGCAUCUGGUGGAUUAGGUGAUAUGUUAGGUGGUAUUACCGGAGGUCUUACUGGUCAAAAAUCAGGCAAUAGCACUGGAGGCGGUGGAUUAGGCGGUGUGCUCAAUGGCGUUACAGGUGGUCUUACUGGUGGUAGUGGUGGUGGCUCCCAGGGUGGUUUAGGUGAUAUUUUGGGCGGUAUCACAGGUGGUCUUACUGGAGGUAGCAAUUCUACCGGUGGCAGUGGUGGUUUAGGAGGUCUUCUUAACGGUGUCACGGGUGGCCUUACUGGUGGUUUAACUGGUAAUAGUACCGGCGGUGGUGGAUUAGGUGGUCUGCUUAAUGGUGGACUUACCGGUGGACUUACCGGUGGUUUAACUGGUAACAGCACUGGAGGAUUAGGCGGUAUCUUUGACGGUCUUAAGGGUGGACUUACCGGUAACAGCACUGGUGGCAGUGGUGGAUUAGGAGGUCUUCUUGGUGGUCUCACUGGUGGCCUUACUGGUGGUAACAACACUGGUGGUAUUUUGGGUAAUGGCAUAGAUGGUCUUCUUGGUGGUCUUAAGGACGGUCUCAGCGGUAACAGCACCGGCGGUCUUUUGGGUGGUGGAUUAGACGGCCUUCUUGGUGGUCUUACUGGUGGUCUUACCGGUAAUAGUACUGGUGGUCUUUUAGGCGGUAAUGGAGGAUUAGGUGGUCUUCUCGGCGGCCUUACCGGUGGUCUUACUGGUAACAGUACUGGUGGCCUCUUAGGUGGUAACGGAGGAUUAGGUGGUCUCCUUGGCGGCCUUACCGGUGGUCUUACUGGUAAUAGCACUGGUGGAUUAGAAGGCCUUCUUGGUGGACUUACUGGUGGACUCACUGGCAACCUUACUGGUGGUGGUGGAUUAGAAGGUCUUCUCGGUGGUCUUACUGGUGGACUUAAUGGUAAUCUCACCGGUGGUGGAUUAGAAGGUCUACUUGGUGGACUUACUGGUGGUCUUACUGAUGCCGCUGGUAAUGUUUUAGGUGGUCUUACUGGUGGUCUCGUCAACCCCGAUGCUAUUAAGGGAGCUCUUGCCAAUCUUGGUGGUACCAUUGGUGGACUUACAUCUGGAUCUCUUAACAUUGGUGAUGCUCUUAACGGAGUUAUUGGAUCCAUUGGUCAACUUGUUGGUGGUGAUAAUAUUAUUCUUCAAUUCCUUCAAAACUUGUCUCAGUUUGUGGCUGCUAACGCCGAUGGACUUUUAUCCAAUAUUGUUCAAUUCAACACAUUCUUCACAAAUGUUAUUGGUGGUCUUAUUUCCUUUGUUUUGAACACAAUUGGUGGUUUAACCAGCGGUGCUGUUCGCGUUCUUCUUGAAAUCGGAUUCGGUGUGAUUGGCAAGAUCUUUGGCGGUGGACUUUUCAGUCGUCUCCAAAAUCUCUCCAGUGCUGAUUAUUUGGAAUAUCAAACUGUUUUCCUCGAUGCUAUGCGUGCACAAAGUCCUCAAGCUGCUGCCGAAGCUAAACAAAUGUUCGAUGUUCUUGAAGUGCUUAUUCAAAAUGUCAUGUCUUCCAACCCUCAAAUUCUUAAUGCUUUAGCUAACCCUAAUGCCGAAAAUAUUCGUAUGGCUGUUGACACUAUUACCAAAGUCAUUGCUGAGUCUAGUUAA